GUUGAUACUUCCUGGGAGACCCAUGCGUAGCGCUCAAAUCUCUCUAUUCAUCCAUAUCUAACAAAGGACGAAGAUGAAAAACAAAACUAUUCAGCUUCUGCUAUGGACACUUAUUACAAUGGUAACCAAAGGCUGUGCCAAAACUGGCUUUGGACCCGGUGAACAGGAUUGGGGUUAUGUUGAUAUACGACCCGGUGCCCAUAUGUUCUAUUGGCUGUACUACACCACAUCUGCUGAGGUGGCCAAUUACACAGAACGCCCCCUGGCAAUAUGGCUGCAAGGAGGUCCCGGCCUCUCAUCAACUGGUAUGGGCAAUUUCGAGCAGUUGGGCCCCAUCGAUAGGCAUGGCAACGAACGCAACUGGACUUGGGUUAAGCAAAUGAAUGUAUUAUUCAUUGAUAGUCCAUUGGGUAGUGGAUUCUCAUAUGUCGACAAUGUGAUACUGCUGCCAUCGACAAAUAAUGAAAUUGCUUUAGAUUUGCUGGCUUUCCUGAAGAAGUUCUAUGAGUUGCAUCGCGAAUUCGAAGAUGUCCAAUUGCAUAUUUUUUCACAAAGUUAUGGUGGUAAAAUGGCUCCAGAAUUUGCCUUGGAAUUGUAUAAGGCUGUGAAGCGAGGAGAAGUGAAAAGCGAUUUGAAAUCAGUGGCUAUUGGUGGUCCAUGGACAUCGCCCAUUGAUUCGAUUUUAGCUAGGGCGCCACUGCUGUUUCAUUUGGGUUUAGUGGAUCGCCAGGGGCAUGACAAAAUAACGGAAUUGGCCCACAAGACCUUGCAUUUAAUUGAGCAGGAAAAAUGGCUUGAAGCCGACGAAGUAGAAACGAAUCAGACCACUUUGAUAGGAGAAGAAACCCAUGAUGUGGAUUUUUAUAAUAUUUUGAAAUAUUACGAAGAUACUGAUGAUGAAGAAACACUGGAAGAUUUUAUGCGUGGACGAGUUGGCCAGGCAUUGGGUAUACCAGAACACGUCAAAUGGGAAGUGAUUAAAGAUGAUUUAGUUGAGGCUCUCAGAGAGGAUUCCCUGAAACCAGCCACUCACAUUGUGGAAGAACUUCUAAAUAAAACCAAUGUAAAAGUCAGCAUUUUCGCAGGCCAAUUGGAUGUGGUUUGUGCCUCUCCAGGCACGGUCAAUUGGAUUGACAAAUUACGUUGGCUCUAUCGUGAUGAAUAUUUUCGAGCCCCUCGACAGGCCAUUAACAUUGAGGGAAAUAUAGAAGGCUAUGAAAAAAGUGGCGGCAAUUUUACUCUGUUUUGGGUAAAUCUUGCUGGGCAUGUUGUUCCUGUUGACAAUCCUGUGGCUAUGAAUUAUAUAUUGAAGAAAUGUACGGGACUGGAUAAUGAAUAAAGGAGAGAGA